CUCAGUUCUCCCCCUUUCUUUCUUCUUCCCUCCUUCGCCGCCGUCAACAACCAGGAGGUCGGAUCAUUUUCUUUACUGUAUACACCGUUCUUCGAUUAUCCUCCGCCACCGUAAUGCCUCCCGGUUAUCCAUCUCAGCUGUUGAAGCUCUUUCGCCGGUCUCCCAUGGCGCAAACACUUUCAGUGCCCGUAAUACCAUCAAUCUCCGGCAUCGGCAACACCAACCCUUCAAACACCUUCAAUUCCGCUUCAUCAAUCAUUCCCAAGAUUGGCGGUUUGAUGAGUAUAAGAUGUGCUCAUGUGGGAGGAGUCCAGAUACCGAACAACAAAAAGCUUAUGUAUUCUCUGCAAUAUAUACAUGGGAUUGGUCGAACUAAAGCUAAGAAGAUCUUAAUUGACCUUGGGAUGGAGAAUAAAUUGACCAAGGAUUUGUCUGGAUACGAGCUAGCCACUCUUCGUGAUGAAGUCUAUAAGUACAACAUUGAAGGGAACCUUAAGAGGUCCAUUGACGAUGCGAUUAUGAGGCUAAAGCAGAUUCGGUCUUACAGAGGUUCUAGGCAUCUUGAUGGAUUGCCCUGUAGAGGUCAGGGGACCAAGAACAACUGCCGUACUUUGAAGGGGAAGAUCAGGGUUACUAUUGCUGGGAAGAAGAAGCCACCACGCUGAUUUGGUUGUUUUUUUUUCUGAAGUUUAGGUUCGAUAUGGUUGGAGUGUUUAGGUUCUUUUUAGUUUGCUUUGUAGGGAGCUUCAACUUCUCCAGCAUUGAUCUGAGCAUGCCAAAAUCUGUUUCUUUUUUUUGUGCGAAAGGAAUAUUGCAUAUUCUGUCAGGUUUCUAGCUGUCACUGUCUUUUAGUACAAUGCAUGAUUUCUGGAAGACGGGCAUCUUCCGCAACGCAAGCACCCAUCUUUCGAUCUUAUAUUUUAGCAGAUUGAUGGUAUGUUGUUGCUCCAAUCAAAGCUGGAUGAGUGUUUUAUGCAAAUUUUUGCAAACUAUGGAUUUGAAUUUGGAAUAUGUGAUCAGUACUGCAUGGCCAUGUUUAACUACAGUUGUAAAUGAUUUUAAGCUAUAUAAUGAAUGAUUCAUCUUUGGUAAAUGACCUUUGUUUUCGGGUCCGUUUGAUACCUCUGGGAAGUAAAGAAGAUGGUUACCUUCUAAAUCAUUUGCAAUUUGCAUUUUGUGGUGGUUACUCAAGUAACAAUUCUUCUGCUUACUGUUUUCAACUUUCAAGUUCCCAAACUUGCUCAAUAUAUUCUUUGUUACAAGUGGUAAACUGUUGUAUUUAAUACACUGGCCUCCUCUCCUUAGUGCUUCAAAAGCCAUCAACAGUUAGUCAGGGUCGAAACCACCUGCAAACUGAAGUAUUUCCUGGAUGAACAGAGUUGAUGCCCAUGUGUGGAUUCUUCUUCACUAGGCAUUAAUCGUUGCUUUUGAUUUGAUAGUAGCAUCUUUUGCCAUCAGUGCUCCGACAGUAUCAUUCUCUAGAUCAUGCAAAAACUGUUGCAGCAAUUCAUUGAUUCGCCCUUGGGUUAGAGUCUUAAUAUCCCAAGUUCUUUUCUCCUUUCUCAGGAAGGGAUUGGCUGCAUCCAGAACGAGUUUUACAAAUUAUAUGAGUAGCAAUGGUUGGAAAUCAAUGAUCACAUAUUUUUCACACAGAAGUGCUCACCCAUAAUUCAUUCCUCAGGGAAGAAACAGUUACUAUUGUUGCUCCUGAAGUUGAGAGAGUUCCAGCAGAGCUUCAGCAACCUUCUUACACUUUAACAGUUUUGUCUCCACAUAUAUUUGCAGCCUCUUAGUCUUAGGUGGUUUUGCUCAUACCCUGUACUACACUAACUGCCUUCGUGAUUGCUGCAAUGACAACUGGCAAGCUGCAGGAUAUAUCUUUAACGCCCUUAGGCCAUCUUUAUCAACAACUCCUGAAGCGCCAAUGUUGUUUACCUGUUAUAACGAUGUAAUCAAUUAGUAGAGUUAGAGCAGAGUUUUGAAGUAGUACUAGGUAGUGUUUUUUGUGCAUUGAUAACUUGUACCAAAAUGUAGGGCUGUUCUUUUGAAGAAACCCGACCCGAACCGAAUCGAUCCGAACUGAAUCGUUAUUUUGGUUCUGUUCGGAACCGGGUCAAUUUCUUUUGGAUCACAAAUUGUUUCGAUUCGGUUCGGUUCAGUUCGGGUUAAGUUUCGAAUUUAAACCAAAUUGAUCCGAAAUGAAUCAUUUUGCUAGUGAUGACGUCAUCAAAACUGACGAUGAUGUCAUCACGUCGGAGACGGUCACCGGCCGCGGAAAAAAAUAAAUUUCCGGCAAAGUCUCCGGAAUCUUGGCCGGAAGUUAUCGCCGACUGCGACCGGCGGUGGUGGUUAAAGGUGGUAGCGGCGGUCAACGACUUCAUUAUUAAAAUAUAAUUAUUUACUUUUUGGUUUUGGAUUUUUUCGGUUCAAUUUGGAUAUUCUUUUGACGCGAACAGAUUCGAACCGUUCCAACUUUUAAAAUCUUCGAUCCGAACCGAUCCGAAAUUAGAAUUUCGGUUCGGUUUUGGAUCGGAUCGGUUCAUAUCAUUGGGCCGACCCUAACUGCGGUUCAAAAAGAGCAGCCCUACCAAAAUGGGAAGUUUUCCGAAUUUUCUUGCUAUAAAUGUGGCCAAUGCAUCAGCGCUUUCUGAGUCUUGAACAUCAAGCAGAUGGGAGACAGCAUUUGAUAAUCCUGCUCAACGAAGAAAGAAGUGGCAUAGAUCCCUAUUCUCUCAUUUCUAUUGAAAGAACGGUAACCGGCUAACUGCAGCAGUUGCAAGUUGCUGAACAUUAUAGAAAACUUUGAGCUAGAUUAGAAGAAUGGUAAAGUGGAAAGAUGCUUCUCACUUGAGGACUUUCACGGAUUGAAUAAACUAGAUGUACUGAAGUGUUUUACAAA